AUGCAGGAGGUGACGGUCUACGCGACGGCGAUGCAGGCGGUCCGGCGCACAGCCGACGACUGCCGCCGGAUGUUGGCACUGCUUGACGCCUUUGGUGUGGCCGUCUCUGUCGUGCUUGUCGACACACCUGAGCUGCGGACGUUUGUGCAGGAGCUGCUGGAGAAACAGGCGGCCAUCGGGUGGCGGCGACAGCAUGGCGUCGGCCUUGCCCCACCGUUUCAGCUACCGCUCUGCUUCGUUGGCCCGGUGUUGGUGGGCAUCCAGGACGAGGUGGUGGAGCUCAACGAGACGGGCACGCUACCGCAGAUGCUGCGCGCGGCUGGGUACAGCGGGAAGUUCCGGGCCACCGCCCACAAUGACAUACCAGUAGGCAGUGCAGCUGCACUCGCAGCAGAAGCAGCCGCCACGCCGCCGCCGCCUCCUUCUUUUCUUGGCGUUGCGGGAGGCACGAGCCUCAGCAGCAGUCAUGCCCACGGCGAAGACGGCGCUGGGGAGGAGGAGGAGGCACCGCCGCCUUCCAACGAGGAUGAGAAGGAGGACGGAAGCGACAGUGCCCUGGACAGCAGCGCCCUGGACGAUGACGCGGACGACGACUUUGAGAUUCUGGACAACGAUGAGGAGGACGAGGAUCCACCGCCACCACCACCCGACGAGGACGAGGACGAGGACGAGGACGAGGACGAGGACGGGGGGGACGACGAAUUUUUACCGCCGUCGCCCCCGCCGGAGGACUGA